AUGGGCUAUUUCUCGUGGUUCUUCGGCCUCAUGGGCAAGAGGAAGACGAAGGUGAACAUCCUCAUCGUCGGCCUGGACAACAGCGGUAAGACUAGCAUCAUCGAGCGCAUGAAGCUGCAGAGCGGGAAGGUGCCCAAGGGGGGCAUGCCCCAGGAGGUGACCCCAACCGUGGGCUUCUCCGUCGACGAAUUCAGCAAAGGUUCGCUGUCGUUCACCGUCUUUGACAUGUCCGGCGCGGGCCGGUACAGGAACCUCUGGGAGCGCCACUUCAGGGAGGCGGCCGCGGUGGUGUUCGUGGUGGACAGCGCGGACAAGCUCCGUUUGUGCGUCGCGAAGGAUGAGCUCGACGCCAUGCUCGAAUCCUCCGAGCUCUUGGGAAAGCCGUUUCUGGUGUUUGCGAACAAGAUGGAUCUGCCGACGGCGCUGUCGCCGGUGGACGUGGCGCAGGGCCUGUCGCUGGACGAGAUCGAGGCGCACCCGUGGCAGAUCGUGCCGUCGAACGCGCUCGACGGGUCGGGGCUGCAGGAGGGCCUGGACUGGCUCGCGAACUUUCUCAACAAGUGAUGA